AUGGAUCUCGAUUAUGCUAGCGGUUUGCAUGCCGUCAUUUCGUGGUCUAACGAACUGAAUAAUGAGGUGGCGUGUAUGAAAACACGAGAGGAUGCGGCUGCGGAGAAUUUUGGAGAAAGUAUUCUGUCGAAUGGCGCCGGCACCGGCGUUUGUCAGAGCAAUAUUUCUGAGGACGAGAAUUGGCGACCGAUUCCGAUGCGUGGGGACGCUUUGCCGACCUCUCUGGGUUCUUCCUUGGGACUGACGGAGGCUGUGCAUACAAUCACGAAUAAGCUGGCGUCCCGUAAUUACUCUGGAGCUUCCGCGUCUCAAAAUUCCCUCAACGCCUUCACGGUGCUCCUGGAAAAUGGGGUUCAGCAUUCUCAGCCAUACAUUGAAUUUGAUGAUAUUUGGGGAUCCGAUGCAACUCAAUCGAACGCUGUCGUGAAGGACAAUGAGAGCUGCCAGGAAAUGCCCCAGGCAUUGUUUAUUCCUUCUUCUGCCUCAUCAGGACUCGUAGGGUCUGUCGGAGAGGAGAGACGUGAUGGCAUCACUGAGAAAUGCGGCGAAGAGAAGGUGAUUGUUGUUGUGGAUCCGCGGCGUUCAAAGCUUCGUGUACCACUCAGCGCGAUUUCUCCCACCAAAGCCCUUGGAAUUCGUGCACAAAAUCCGAGUUUGUGUCUCCUUUUUCAAUCUGGUCGUUGUCGCCAAGGCGUCAAUUGUCAUCAGGUACAUGUGGAUCCGGAGAUUGUACAGCGACUACGUCGGAUUGUAGAUAGCCUUCCAUGCUGUUGCACAUUUCAUGGCGACUGCAACACCCACUGCUGGGAUGCGAAGGCAAACUCUAAGCGAGGGGUUUUCAUCAGUAAUGUGUGGGUGCCACUCAGCCAUGUGGCCUACACAAGCGGACUAGCUCGUUUUGUUACAAAUAAGGUGCAACGUCCUCUAAGCUUUGGUGUUCUCUGCCGUCUACACGGCAAAACAGGUGGCUGUCGCUAUGGCGCUGACUGCUGGUACCUGCACGUGUGUCGUGAAAUCCUGGAAACGAAAUUUGCGUUUAUGACAGAAGCCAAUACGAAGGAUUCAAAAACGGAAGGUACUUUUACACUUUUGCCAAAUGCGGCCCCAAUGUUCCCAUCAGUAAUGACUGAAGUCCAAUUGGCGGCUUCAAGCCGGCAGCAGCAACAAGAACAAACAUCCAGUUUUCUUCCUGCGGUAACUCAAUUUCCUAUGAUGAUCACGAGCCCCUUUUCGACCAAAGACUAUAAAAGUAAUGGUGGUAUAAACAAUGUGUUUCCUCAUCGUGAUACGGCAGUUGCAUCUGCAGUUCCUUGUAUGUGGGUUCACUCCGCUUCACCACCACAGGGAUCGGCGCUGGCAUUUUCAACGGUGGCUGCUGGGGCUGGGGCUGGUGGUGCAGGAAUGCAUCAUGAGGGUCUGCAGCACAAAACGUCAGAUGAAAAAGUGCUUCCACGGAGAGUAUCUUCCAUGUCUCAAAACAUACCGAAUGAAUCUGCCAUUUCCGUGUCCAUUGGACCCCCUAGCAGUCCUGCUGCUUUCGCUUUUUCUCUGGGAAAUGGCAACACAAAUCCGUCGCCAGUGUCAUCUUUACCCUACCAACUUGUUGAGCAAACUCAAGUCUCUGGGAUGAACGUAAUGCCAAUGAAUCCUUCCCCCUCAGCAGCAUACUCUGCCAUGUGGUUUUCACAUCAGCAACAACAAAAACAACAACAACAACCGCAGCAACAGGAGGCAUACAUGCCUGAACAGACUCGGAACAUAACGGUACCUUCGGCAUUUGUUGCCUCUUCCGCUGGUUAUAAUUUGCGGAGCCGUUUGGAGGAGUUUUUUCAGCCGCAAAACAAUCCUGGACCAAGCAUGACCCUUCUUCCCGUAAUAUCGUAUUUGUUGUGA